AUGUUUAGAAAUCCAAUCAAGAGAUCACUCCAUACAGUGAUUAAUGACUCAUCAAAGGGUGCCAUUCCGCAAUCUUGGAAGGAUCUACCAACAAACACCGGCGCCGGGUUGUUCAUCGAGUAUCCUAAAUUUGAACCGUUGGGAACACCUCCAACCUUGCUUCAUGUUACACUACCGCCUUCAACUGUGCUCAAUUGUCGUUCGAGAUCCCUAGUCGCUGCAAACGGAUCAUUGGAGAAGUUAUCCUCGAAACUGAGCGUCUUGAACCUUUGGAAGGGGAAACCACUGUUGUAUAACGAAAUAACAUCAACUUCACCAUUGUCCUUGAUUCUUUCCGAUAAAAAUGGAUUCUUACACUUGCCAUUGAAUGAGAACCAGACUUGGAGCGUUUUGAAUACAGAUCAUAUAACUGGAUGGUAUGGUGCUCUACAGAUCAAUAGCCAAAUACACGGAGUCCAGGUAACGUGUCAGUCAAGGGGUGAUUUAAUUUUGAAUGGUUCAAGACAAGUUUUCACCUUGGAAUUGGCUGAUGGUGAACAGCUCUUUGUUAACCCUUCAAGUAUCGUUGCUUACCAAAGCGAGAAUUCCACAAGUUUCCACAAGCUAAGACUCUUGGACUUGCCAAAGUUUGGCUUGUGGAAUACAAUAACUUUGAAUGCACAGAAGUUGUACGAACGUCUGGUUCCAAAGCAAGCACUCACCACCACCACCAUUGCACCUGAAGCUCAACCUGAAGAUGCCAAACUGGUCGAAGUCCACAAACCAAAUGUAUUUGAUAGAUUCAAAGCAUGGAUAUCCAUGGAAUUAGUCAGCUUAUUCCUGAAAAACAGACUACUCUACGAGAUCAAAGGUCCUGCAAAGGUUAUCGUCCAGAACGAUUUCAAAACAAACUACUCUGACACAUUUACAAAAGACCAACUGAACAAGAUAUACAGAGAUAUCAAGUAA